UUGGCGAAGGCGUUACUGGAGCGCUUGACAUUAUAUGGACGUUUUUGUGUGUAUACAAACAGCCACUAAAGAUGUCUGCGCCGGGAUAUACAAAUCUGAACUCUUCGGUUAAUUACAGCCUGAACGGUGGAGCGACUCCUUCCUAUCAAAAUGGUCCUGGGCAGCCUUACCCAGCCAUGUACCCUUCUUCGAGCUAUUACAGCUCUACCCCACAACAGGCCUAUCCAGCUGCCCCAGGGCACAAAGCCUCAGUGGUGAACAAUGACCACAUGUCCAAUUACUACCACAACAGCAACCAGCCUCCACCAGCUGGCCCUGGGUCAGGUCCUUCUCCAUAUGGACCUUCUUCUACUUCACACCCCCCUACCCAGCCGUAUGGCACGACUGCCCCAUCUUCCUCAGGAGCCUCCCAGCCUCCUUCAGCUUUUCAGCAUCCUGCUCUGUAUUCCAUGCCAACAGCAUACUAUGGACAGCAUUACCCAACAUCUCACCCCCAGUCCCUACCUCUGUCUCAACCCCCCCAGCCAAAUUUAGUGUCUGUGUCCAGCGGCACCAGCAUGAAUGCUCCACUUUACCCCAUCGUAUCCUACCCAUCAGCGCCCGGGAGCAGUCAGUAUGGAACUCUGCGGUCUUCACAAAUGUCCUCUGGACAGCCACCUGUUUCCACAGUGAUGGCACCGCCCUCCUCUGGCACAGAGCAGCAGUUUGUUCAGGGGAAUGGGUCAUCCAUUCCUGCGUCAGUCACACCAGCUCAUCAGAGUUACGCAGACCCACUCCUCAGCCAGACCGCUGCAGUCAACGGCCAGGCAAACGCAGUGCCUCAGCACUAUGAGCAUAGCCUCCAUACCCCCAUGACCCAGCACUACGGUGGGCCUCCCCCCACAUCACAGGGCCCUGAUGGGGACAGGCCACCUUCAGGGACUUCCACCUCUGUGCAUUCCUCACCAGGUCACCAGCAAGGCCUGCAGUAUGGUGGAUAUAUUGCUAAUAGUGGAGUUAGCUCCUCUGCAGCGACAGCCAGAGAUCAUUCCUCAUCCAGCUCUGAUGCUGAUGAAGAGGAUGAGGAGGAUGAGGAAGCAGGUGCAGACAGCUCUUCCUCGACCACAGGCAGUGCAUCUCCAGUACCCAACAGCUAUGAGUCUCUGGAGGGGGGGAGCUACCCAGACUCCUCCAUUCCACCUCCUGCUGACCCCUCUAAACGAGCUCCACCGUUUGGCUACAGUUACCCAUCCAUGCAGCCUGGCUAUCAGCAGGGCUCUUCCUCUCGUCCAGACUCCUCCCCCUCUCACAGAGGGUACAACCCCCCAGGCUACCAGGCCCAGUACUCACAGCCCUUCCCCAGUCUGUCCCAGCUGUCUGCAGCACUGGGGGGGUUGAGCGGUGUACCUGAGCUGGAGGUGGAUGCACUGCGGCCAGUCAAUCUGAUCCAGGAGAGGAACCUUCUCCCCCCAACACACACUGCAUCACCAGAGCCAAACCUCAGCACUGAGCUCAAGAAGGUCAACUGUAGCCCAGAUACCUUCAGGUGUACUCUCACUAGUAUUCCCCAGACUCAGGCUCUGCUGAAUAAAGCCCGUCUCCCGCUGGGUUUACUGCUCCAUCCCUUCAGGGACCUGACACAAUUACCCGUCAUCACGUCAAACACCAUCGUGCGCUGUCGAUCCUGUCGGACAUACAUCAACCCGUUUGUGUCUUUCCUGGACCAGAGGAGGUGGAAAUGUAAUCUGUGUUACAGAGUGAAUGACGUUCCUGAUGAGUUUAUGUACAAUCCAGUUACUCGUUCCUAUGGAGAACCUCAUAAGAGACCUGAGAUCCAGAACUCCACUGUAGAGUUUAUCGCUUCUUCUGAUUACAUGCUGCGCCCACCCCAGCCAGCAGCUUAUCUGUUUGUGUUGGAUGUAUCCCAUAAUGCAAUUGAAGCCGGCUAUCUGAACGUGUUUUGUCAGUCACUGCUGGAAAACCUUGAUAAGUUACCAGGGGAUACACGGACCAAGAUUGGUUUUCUGACGUUCGACAGCACUAUUCAUUUCUAUAACCUGCAGGAGGGGCUGUCCCAGCCACAGAUGCUUGUGGUCUCAGAUAUAGACGAUGUGUUCAUUCCCACGCAUGACAGUUUGCUGGUGAAUCUAAAAGAGAGUAAAGAGCUGGUGAAGGAGCUGUUGACAGCAUUGCCAAGAAUGUUCACAAACACCAGAGAGACUCACAGCGCACUGGGCCCCGCACUUCAGGCCGCGUUUAAACUCAUGUCCCCCACCGGAGGCCGCGUGUCUGUGUUCCAAACCCAGUUACCCACGCUAGGAGCUGGACUGCUGCAUUCACGGGAGGAUCCCAACCAGAGAUCUAGCACCAAGGGUGUUCAGCAUUUGGGUCCAGCCACAGAUUUCUAUAAGAAGCUAGCUCUGGACUGCUCCGGGCAGCAGAUUGGAGUGGACCUGUUUCUCCUGAGCUCGCAGUACUCUGACUUGGCAUCUUUAGCCUGUGUGUCCAAGUACUCAGCUGGAAGCAUCUUCUACUACCCAACAUUCCACCACAUCCAUAACCCUGCCCAACGACAGAAGUUCCAGAAGGAUCUCCAGAGGUACCUGACCAGGAAGAUUGGCUUUGAGGCUGUCAUGAGAAUCAGAUGUACCAAAGGGUUGUCCAUCCACACAUUCCAUGGGAACUUCUUUGUGCGCUCCACUGAUUUGCUCUCCCUGGCGAAUGUUAACCCGGACUCAGGCUUUGCUGUGCAGGUGUCUAUAGAGGAGAGCUUAGCAGACACAUCACUAGCCUGUUUCCAGGCCGCCCUGCUGUACACAUCCAGCAAAGGUAAGCGGCGAAUCAGAGUGCACACGCUUUGUCUGCCGGUGGUCAGUCAGCUCAGUGAUGUGUUUGCUGGAGCCGACGUUGAAGCGAUCACCUGCCUCCUCGCUAAUAUGGCCAUCGACCGGUCCAUAUCCUCCAGUCUGACGGAUGCUCGGGAUGCACUGGUGAACGCAGUGGUAGAUUCCUUAUCCGCAUAUCGUGCUAACGGCUCAAGCCUGCAGCCAGUUGGUGUCAUCGCACCUGCAUCUCUCCGCCUGUUCCCCCUCUACGUACUUGCUCUGCUCAAACAGAAAGCUUUGCGGACAGGAACAAGUACUCGUUUGGACGAUCGCGUGUUUGCUAUGUGUGAGUUUAAGAGCCAGCCACUGAAACACAUGAUGCGCAUGGUACAUCCAGACCUCUACCGCAUCGACAACCUGUCUGAACAGGGGGCACUGCACCUGAAUGACUGUGUGAUUCCACAACCUCCUCUACUCCAGCUCUCAGCCGAGAAACUCACAAGAGAAGGCGCCUUUCUCAUGGACUGUGGCAGUGUGAUGUACCUGUGGGUGGGGAAAUGCUGCAGUGAGAUAUUCAUUCGAGAUGUGCUGGGAUAUCCCAACUAUGCCUCCAUCCCUCCCAACAUGACGGAGAUUCCAGAGCUGGAAACCCAGAGUUCCCAGAGGACGCGAGCGUUCCUGUCAUGGUUACAGGAGUCUAGAACAUUCUUUCCUUGUUUCUACGUCCUCAAGGAUGAUCCCUCAACCAAGACUAGCUUUUUCCAGCAUCUGGUGGAGGACCGCACAGAAUCUGCCCAGUCCUACUAUGAGUUCCUGCUACACAUCCAGCAGCAAAUAUGCCAUUAGAGUUACGAGGGAGACAGCAA